AUGACACUUGAGAACUUCACAAUAUUCACUGAGUUUGUGUUCUUAGGACUCUCUGCCAGGAGAGAUGUGCAACAGGGGUUUUUCCUGUUAUUCUUCCUUGUUUAUGGCAUGACUGUGAUUGCUAAUCUAGGCAUGAUCCUGCUGAUCAAGGUUGACCCCAGACUUCACACACCUAUGUAUUAUUUCCUAAGCAAUCUUUCCUUUUGUGACAUUUGCUACUCCUCCACUGUCUCUCCCAAGAUGUUAGUUGAUUUCUUGUCUGAGCAAAAGAGGAUUGAGUAUAAUUUAUGUGCCAUUCAAAUGUACUUUUUCGGCGCCUUUGCAGAUGUAGAAUGCCUCAUGUUGGCUGUCAUGGCCUAUGAUCGUUACGUUGCCAUCUGUAAUCCCCUGCUGUAUACAGUCGCUAUGUCCAAGAGGCUAUGUACCCAGCUGGUGGCUGUUGCCUACAGUAUGGGCUUGGUGGAUUCAGCAAUCCACACAUGCUGCACAUUCCGACUGUUCUUCUGCAAAUCAAAUGUUAUCAAUCAUUUUUUCUGUGACAUCCCACCCUUGCUUGCCCUCUCCUGCUCAGAUACCUCGGUUAAUGAGAUAGUGAUGUUCACAUUCAUUGGCUGUGUGGUGGGAUGCAGCAUAGUUACUGUCAUCCUCUCCUACAGCUACAUCCUAGCUACCAUCUGCAGGAUGAACUCUGCUGAAGGCAGAUGCAAAGCCUUUUCAACCUGUGCUUCCCACCUAACUGCAGUGGCCAUUUUUCACGGAACACUCCUCUUCAUGUACUUCCGACCCAGCUCAAGUUACUCAAUGGACACUGACAAAAUGGCCUCUGUUUUCUACACGGUUGUGAUUCCUAUGUUAAACCCAUUGAUCUACAGCUUAAGAAAUAAGGAUGUGAAGGUUGCUCUGAAAAAAGUAAUCAAUAGUAAAUUGUGUAACGGAUGA